AGUAGAGGGAGAAGAGUGUCACAGCAAUGAGGAGGAGGAGGAGGAGGGACAGAGUAGCAGGAAAAAGGCAGGGAGAAACGCAGAGGGGGACGGACUGCGAGUAAGCGAAGGGGAGGGAGCACCAGAGACGGGAAAGUAGAUGAGAUGGAGAAGUAAAGAGGGAAAGUGAGGGAGCGCAACAAAACCCAAGAGGACAGACAGCUCAGCAAACCACCAGCUUUCCUCUCACAACUACAAAGAUCCAGGCAGAGGGAGAAAGCUGAGCUCGUUAAGAGGGAGAGAAUAAAACACCAGAAGUUGCUUUUUUUUUUUUUUCAUGUCUCCUUUUUUCCCACUUGGUUAAGAAUCGCACUCUUCUCUGAGAAGGAAAGAGACAAAGGACGGGAGAGGACUAAAAGAGUUUCUGCAGCCUCCGCUUGUCCUAAAGGGGAAGAUGGAUUCAGACUCUGGAGAGCAAAGUGACGGAGACAUCUCAGCAGGACAGGAGAGCUUUAACUCUCGCUCCCUGGCCAUGCAAGCCCAAAAGAAGAUCCUGAGCAAAAUGGCGACCAUGGCGGUGGCCAACAUGCUUACAGACGACACCAGCAGUGAGAUCCUGGACGAGCUUUACAAAGCGACCCGGGAGUUCACCAAGAGCAAGAAAGAAGCGCACAAGAUCAUCAAGGACGUGAUCAAGAUUGCCCUGAAGAUUGGCAUCUUGUACCGCAACCACCAGUUCAGUCCCGACGAGCUGGACACCGUGGAGCGCUUCAAGAAGAAGAUGAACCAGGCGGCCAUGACGGCGGUGUCGUUUUACGAGGUGGAAUAUACCUUCGACAGGAAUAUCCUGGCGGAGCUCCUGCUGGAGUGCAGGGACCUGCUUCACACCCUGGUGGAGGGGCACCUGACCGCGCGCUCACAUGCACGCAUUGAUCAUGUUUUCAACCAUUUUGCCAACGGGGAUUUCCUGGCGGAGCUGUACGGGGACGGAGAGGAGUACAGACUCUCUCUAAGGAAGAUCUGCAAUGGCAUCAACAAACUGCUAGAUGAAGGAACGCUUUAACCUCUCACACCUCUACUGCUCCUUCUCUACUCGCUCCUUUCCCUGCCAGUGUCUCCUGCCUCCCAUUUCCUUUUCACCUGCCACUCCUGACAGCAAACACCCUGCCUCUUCCUUAUGUCUCUUGUCUUCCUGUUUCUUCCCCAUCCAUUUCCAUGGAGGUUGUUGUAACAUCCUGCUGCUGUGGGUCAGUGAGGGAUUUCUUUUUUUCCCCCAUUUAGACUGUCUCUUCACUCAGUGGAUCAUUUCUGCAAACCGGGACACCAUGUUUCACAAUAUACACAUUAUACAUUCCUUUUGUGUGCUAAAGUUGUACUGUACCAACAGCCAAAAAAAAAAAAAAUACUGUAGUAGAGUGUUUGGAUAUGGAAGAUAAUCAGUGGUAGUAAUCAGUCUCUGUGUAUUUUGAGUGUGUUCAAAAGUAUGCGAUUUGCUUGAGUAGCGUUGCGUACUGUGUCAUGGUAUGUUUGUUAUGAGUCCGUGUCAAUCUUCUCAAAAAGGGUGAUAACACUUGUCUUUUAUUAAAGAUUUCUUUAAAUCAGUA